AGGCAUAGAAGUGAAGGAGAAAUUUUGAAAACAAAAAAAAAAUGUCUUCCUCUCGUUUGAUUAUCGUCUCAAAAACCCUGGUUUUCCCAGAUCAAAAAUCAAGCCUUGGAGACCUAAAGCUUUCAGUUUCUGAUCUUCCCAUGCUGUCUUGCCAUUAUAUCCAAAAAGGCUGUCUCUUCACUCGUCCUUCCAUCCCCAUCGACUCACUCAUUUCUCUCCUCAAACAAUCCCUUUCCAAAACGCUGUCGUUUUUUCCUCCACUCGCCGGCCGUCUUUACACCGACGAGAAAGGUUACAUUUACAUAACCUGCAACGACGGCGGAGUCGAGUUCCAUCAUGCCAGAUACACCUCCCGUUUCAUCCGUGACGUCAUUGGUCCGGUUCAUGUUCCGGAGUUGGUCAAGGAGUUUUUCACCUUCGAUAAGAUGGUUAGUUAUCAGGGACAUUACAAGCCGAUCAUGGCCGUCCAGUUCACCGAGCUGGAAGAUGGAGUCUUCAUCGGAUGCUCGGUUAACCAUGCGGUGAUCGACGGUACGUCGUUUUGGAAUUUCUUCAACACUCUCGCUGAUAUUUGCAGAAAAAUCAGUAACAAUGAUAAUGAGAGUAUUGAAGAAAUCGCAAGGCGACCUGAUUUUUCACGGGACUCGGUUUUUAUUUCAUCGGCGAUAUUGAAAGUCCCCGACGGAGGCCCCAAAGUUACGUUUAACGAAAACGAGCCGUUAUGUGAGAGAAUUUUCAGUUUUAGCAGAAAAGCCAUUUUAGAACUCAAAGCCAACGUUAAUGGCGACUUUAACGCCGUUGAAAUUCUGGGGAAGCAAAGUAACGACAACAAGUACUAUACUGAAAUGGCUCCGGUUUCAAGAACGGCGGUGAUUUCGUCGUUUCAGUCACUUUCGGCUCUUCUCUGGCGGGCGGUGACACGUGCAAGGAAGCUUCCGGCUUCCAAAACGACGACGUUUAGAAUGGCAAUUAAUUGUCGUCACAGGCUGAAUCCGAAUAUGGACCCUUUAUACUUCGGAAACGCGAUUCAAAGCAUCCCGACGUACGCAUUGGCGGGUGACGUCACGUCACGCGACAUACGGUGGUGCGCCCAGCAAUUGAAUGAGAGCGUGAAAGCUCACGACGACGAAACGGUUCUUCGUUUCAUUCAUAUCUGGGAGAAGAAUCCACUGUGUUUUCCAUUGGGAAACUUGGACGGCGCAUCGUUGACGAUGGGGAGUUCUCCUAGGUUCCCUAUGUACGACAAUGAUUUCGGGUGGGGUCGACCGUUGGCGGUUAGGAGCGGCGGAGCUAAUAAAUUCGAUGGGAAGAUCUCUGCCUUUCCAGGGCGUGAAGGGAACGGUAGCGUUGAUUUGGAGGUGGUUUUGGCGCCAGAAACAAUGGCCGGGAUUGAGUCGGAUCACGAGUUCAUGCAAUACGUAACCUUUUAAACCGUGCAAUCGCGGUAUUGUGUUUUUAAAAUUACAGACGUAGUUAUAGCAUCACUACCAGCUUGAAAAUCGUUACGAUACGAUCAUUAUAGUAUUUUGACCGUAAUUUAGU